AAGAAAGCACAACCACACUAUACAAUUAAGAACACACACAAAGAUGACAACACCUUUUGUUGCCUUUAUCUCUCUCACUACCAUCUUAGGGUUUCUCCUUCGCUUUCUCAUCAACAAGCUCCGGCGCGGUGGCGGAGGGCUUCCAUUGCCGCCGGGGCCACGACCAUGGCCAAUAAUUGGGAACCUCUUUCAAUUAGGAACGAAGCCCCACCAAACAUUGGCGGCCAUGGCACGGGUUCACGGGCCCCUAAUGUACCUCAAACUAGGAUUGGUGCAUGUGGUGGUGGCCUCGUCGAGUGAGGUGGUCGAGCAAUUUCUGAAGGUGCACGAUUCCAACUUCUUGAGUCGACCACCCAAUGCGAGUGGUAAAUACGUCUAUAAUAAUGAGGAUAUGGUUUUUAGGCCGUAUGGGUCGCGAUGGAGGUGGCUUAGGAAAAUUUGUGCCCUCCAUUUGUUCUCGAACAAGGCUUUGGAUCACUUCACUUAUGUUCGAGAGAAAGAGGUAGAGAUUCUCUUGAAAGCUAUAUCAAGCACCGGUCCGGCGCCGGUUCAUUUAGGGAAGAUGGUGAAUGUGUGCACCACCAAUGCACUAGCACGUGUGAUACUCGGUCGACGGGUAGUUGGCCAUGGCCAGGGUUGCGGGGAUGGCACCGCAGAGGAAUUUAGAGGAAUGGUACUCGAGUUAAUGUUGUUGUCGGGCGUGUUUAGUGUGGGCGACUAUAUCCCUCUCCUCGAGGGCUCCGACUUGCAAGGGCUCGCUGCCAAGAUGAGGAAUCUUCGCGAAAGAUUCUAUGCAUUUUUUAGUUCCAUUAUCGAACAACACAAUGCCAACGGGCCUCAAGGAAUGGACGGAGACGUUGAUCUAUUGAGUGUGUUGAUUUCGUUGAAGGAGGGUCGCGGUGGCGGUGGCGGUGAUGAAGCUGAAACGAUUACUGAUGCCGAAAUCAAUGCUUUAUUUUUGAACUUGUUUGCGGCUGGCACGGAUACAACAUCAAGCACAGUGGAAUGGGCGGUAGCAGAACUCAUUCGCCAUCCAAAAAUCCUCGCCCAAGCUCAAGGCGAGCUCGAUGCAAUAGUUGGUAGGGAUCGAGUUGUGACCGAACAUGACUUGGGAAAUUUACCCUUUUGCCAAGCCAUAAUCAAGGAAACAUUUCGUCUACAUCCUCCCACACCACUCUCUCUUCCAAGAAUUGCGGACGAGAGUUGUGAGGUUAAUGGGUUCCUUAUUCCCAAAGGCUCUACACUUUUGGUUAAUGUUUGGGCCAUAGGCCGGAAUCCAGACCUAUGGACCAAUCCACUUGAGUUUCAACCAGAGCGAUUCUUGGAAGGUGGAGAAAGACCCAAUGCAGAUGUUAAAGGAAAUGAUUUUGAAUUGGUACCAUUUGGAGCCGGUCGAAGGAUUUGUCCCGGGGUAAGCUUAGGCAUUCAUAUGGUACAACUAUUGACGACAAACUUGAUACAUGCAUUUAGCUUUGAUCUAUCCGACGGGAGGGCGUGUCAAACAUUGAACAUGGAGGAAUCCUAUGGGCGAACAUUGCAACGGGCCGAGCCCUUGACGCUGCUCCCGAAGCCCAGAUUGGCACCUCUUGUGUAUGGAACCGAAGCAAAUUAAUUGCCUCUUUGAGAACCAUAAACUACACAAGCAAAUUAUGAAGAAGGUGCGGUGUGAAUAUGUAUUGUCAAAAUCGUUCUUGGCUUUAAAUGUGUACUUGUACUUGUAUGCGAUGAGAUUUAUUAUAUUAUGAUUUAAAAUUCUAUCAUAUGUUUGGUUGGUAACAUUAUAUGGAAUUUAUAUUU